AUGAUAUCCAACCAAACCUUCCGCAGCGAAGGAAGCCAAAUAGUCGGCUGCAAAAUUCGCCUCGCGGAACACGCGUUAGAAAGGGAAUGGGUCGUAAGGGCCUGCUACCAAUUGGGUUCCACGCGGGACGAGAGAGGGCUGGGGCGUGGGCUUCAAUUGCUGACAGAAUGCGGGCCGCGCGCGGUUUCAGACAUGAGCAGUGAAUUGCAAGAGAGGCUGCUUGGUCAAGUAACAGAAGAAGGGGUAAAUUUGAAGGUAAAAGUUUGUGAGGAAUCCAAGAAAAUAUGGAGGGUUGCUCUGCCCGGUGUGAUUUCUCGAGUCACCUCGUUCGGUUGCGUGGUCAUCACACAGUCAUUUAUCGGGCACAUGAGCGCGGCUGAUCUUGCCGGUUUUGCCCUCGUCCAGACAUUAGGUGUCCGGUUCGUGAACGGAGUUUUGAUCGGAAUGUCGAGUGCAACCGAAACUCUCUGUGGCCAGGCAUACGGGGCCAAACAGUACCACAUGAUGGGAAUCUUCCUGCAACGUUCUUGGCUAGUCGAUCUCGUUACACUAACUGUACUACUGCCUCUUUUCUUCUUCGGGAGUCCCAUUUUCAAGCUGCUCGGUGAAGAAAAAGCCAUAGCCGAGUCAGCCGGCUACAUUUCCCUGUGGUUCAUCCCCUACUGCUAUGCCCUCGUUUUCAGCCUCACGAUCCAAAUGUAUCUGCAGGCUCAGCAGAAGAACUUGAUAGUUGCUUACCUCUCGAUUAUGCAGUUUGUGGUACAAAUUCCUUUGUCGUGGGCUUUUGUGAAUCUUCUUGGAUGGGGUGUUGCUGGGGCCAUGGCUGCACUAUGCAUCUCUAUUUGGCUUGUGGUGCUUGGUGAGUUUGUAUAUAUUUUUGGGGGUUGGUGUGAGGAUUCGUGGAAGGGUUUUCGUCUGGCAGCUUUGAAGGAUAUUUUGCCGGUGGUGAAGCUCUCGAUUUCUUCUGGUAUCAUGAUUUGCUUGGAGAUGUGGUACAACGCCGUUCUGGUCUUAGUAGCAGGUUACAUGAAAAAUGCCGAGGUUGCAAUAUCCGCUUUCUCUAUUUGCCUUAACGUACACGGAUGGGAAUUUAUGAUAUGCUUAGGCAUUCUUGGCGCCGCAAUUGUUCGUGUAGCGAACGAGCUAGGACGAGGGGACUCCAAUGCUGUAAAAUUCUCGAUCAAAGUUCUUCUUACUACUUCUGUUGUGAUAGGGGUCUUUUUUUGGAUCCUUUGCUUAGUCUUCGGCCAUAAGCUCGGCUACUUAUUCACGGAUGAUGAGGCGGUCGUGGAAAGUGUAUCUGAUCUCUCGGUUCUGCUUGCUUUCUCGGUCUUGUUCAACAGCAUUUAUCCGAUUCUCUCGGGUGUGGCUGUUGGGGCCGGCAUGCAAGCAAUGGUUGCUGUUGUGAACGUUGUCUGUUACUAUGUGAUUGGGCUACCGGGCCUAUGGAUUGGGAUGCUUUGUGGUGUUAUCAUUGAGACCUUUGCGCUCAGCUUCUUAAUGUGGAGAACUAACUGGGAUGAUGAGGUUGUAAAAGCUUCUACUCGCCUCAAAAAGUGGUACCUAAAAUCUCCUGAUGAGGCCAACACAAAACCUGAUUUGGCCUGA